CCCUGGGUUGCUACUUCCCACUCCCAGUUCCCAUUUACACAGCGCUUCGUUGGCAAUAAAUGAAAGCGGACCGAGCUCCACCCAACUUGCAGUGGCAGCAAUGGCGGCUCCUCCCCCUCCCCCUCUCGCUCCUCUAGAUCCGCAGCUGCAGACCAUGGCGACGAGCGGCGCCGGCGAAGAGCACCACCACCACGGCCCCGGCGACGAGCCGUCCGAGAUUCUACAUGCUAUAGUGUCACUGCUCCCACUCAAAGAGGCUGUGAGGAUCAGUAUUCUUUCAACAAGUUGGAAAAUGCUCUGGACAUUCCACUGUAAUCUGUGUUUUUAUGGGCCCAAUGAAACGGAUCAUGACCCUUCAACUUCAGUGCCCCGUUUCGAAUCUUAUGGGCCGGACGCCUUUCGUGAAGCCAUUGAUGAAUAUCUCGAAACAAAACAGGCUAAGCUGAAAAUAAAACGAGAUAAGUUCAUUGAGGAUGUGAAUUGUGUUAUUCAACGGCAUAGUGGGGUAGGAGUCAGUAAGUUCAGCAUCAGGUGUGGCCUGCACAAGGAGGACUUUGAUCAUCUUGACAGAUGGAUUAGCUUUGCCGCUUUGUCGAGGGCGAAGAUUGUAGAUUUUGACCUGAAGAAAAAUGAUUCGCCGUCUAAAGAAGUUAAUCAGUUCCCUCUUGAGGCCUUAAUUGUUCAAGGCAGCUCCUCUUGUGUGGAGUCCUUGUAUCUUGCUGAUGCUUCUAUAAAGCCACACUCUGGCAUACGUGGCGUCACAGUACUCAGAAGACUUGUUCUGGAAAUUAUUGAGAUAUCCGGAGACUUUUCAAGUUUUUUGGCAAAUUGUUCAGCACUUGAGGACCUAGAGAUGAUCCGGUGCUCCGGUGUAACCAAUUUAAGCAUACCGCAGCAACUUCAUAAACUUCAGCAUUUGCUAAUUGACGGAAUGGGUGUCGAGACGGUUGAGUCUCAUGCUGCCGAUCUUGCUCAUUUUGAGUACAAAGGAAAAGAGAUUCCUAUAAUACUUCAUGGUCGCUCAAAGUUAGAGAAGGCGACAAUAAUGUUUCAAGGCAGCAAUGGACUGGCCCGUGUAUUCACUGCAGUUCCGAUCAUUUUGCGAGUGAAGAUGCUAAAAGUGGAAGCUCUUAUAUUUCGUGAACAGUUGGGCAAGCUGACACCAAGGCCAGACCACAUAUUUAUACAUUUGAGGCAUAUGACUUGUGAAAUAGCUUUCCUAUUUGAUUACCUAGCAAGUUUGAGUGUUCUUCAACUGGCCCGCUGUUUGGAUGUUGCACCCCAACUGGAGACGCUGGACUUGAAUAUGUUGUAUCCAGACAGCAAGGUUUGGGUGCAUGAUGAUUUGGUGGUAGAGGAAGGCCCCCAUAUGCGCCGCCACGAACACCUUAAGACCGUCUACAUCAGCGGGUUCCGGUGCUACGCGGGUCAGAGUAAGCUGGCGUGUUGUAUCUUGGAAAAUGCUUGCGUUCUUGAGCACAUGAGAAUACAGCCACGGUUCCUGACCAUGACCAGGACAUCGCGUUAUGAUAGCUGGCCCAAUGAGGGCGUCAGAGGAAGAUUUUUACCAGAGGCUCGUGAAUGGGCACAAGUCACCUCAGAGCGCUUCGGUAAGGUGAUCACCGUCUUAGAUGACCCUUCAGAGUGAUCAUGUCAUUAUCUAUGCCUCUUCAAACUUAUUAUGAGAGGUUAUUUUGUUUGCCCCCAAUGUAGUAGCGUAAAAGCUCGAACGGAAUUGCAACUCUCUUUCUGUUCAUUUACCUUUGCCUAGUCCUGUGAAAGAAGUUAAAACUAUGUUUGAUCAA